AUGGAUCUGCAGACCUGGCUGCCUGGGAUCAGGGUGUUUUCUCUCCCCUCCAGGCUGACUUUUGUCUCAAUGCUCCCAGUGUCACAAAGACCCUGGCGGGGGCCCCCAAGGCGUGAGCCAAUCCCUGGCGAGGAGACGCCUCUCCAUUUCCCACCACAACCUCGCCUUACCCCCCCCCCCUCGCCCCCUACCCCAGCAGAGACUAGAGCCCUUUGUAUGUGCGGAGCAGCCAUGGCCGCUAACGGGAGCCCAGGGCCGAGCCUGCCAGAUACGCUCUCCUCCUGCCCCGUGUGCCUGGAAUAUUUCAUAGAUGCCAGCUGUGGGCACAACAUCUGCCCGCGGGCCUGCAUCCCACACCCCCUGGAGGAACCGGAGUGGAGCCCUUGCUGUCCUAGAUGCCAGAAGCCCGUCCUGCAUGUUUCAUGUGCCACAUACUGGGAUAUGUCGAAAGAGCGGCUGGCCUAUCUGAUAAAAGAGAGAGAAGAAGCCAAAGCUGAUGAGGAGAUGCAAAGUGAGAAGCUGCUGAAACAGAUGGAAGCCGAGAGACAGAGGAUCCUCUGCAAAUGGAAGGAUCUACGUGGGUUUCUGGAGAAGCAGGAGCAGCUGCUGCUGUCCCAGCUGGAAAAGCUGGACAGAACCAUUGUCAAGAGAAGGGACGAGAGCAUCUCUGAACUGUCCCGAGAGAUUUCUCUGCUCAGUGAACUGCUCGGUCAGAGGGGAGGAGAGAACGAGCAGGCGCCACUGAGCCAGUCUGUACAGGGUGUGGGCAGCUCUGGGAGCAGCAGGGAGGACAGGACGCUGCAGAAGCCAGAGUCUGGGUUUGUGGAGCUGGAGAAGAGACUUGGGGAUUUCUCUCAGAGAAGUGCCAUCCUGCUGGAGCUGCUGCAGGGAUUCAAAGAGACUCUGCGACUGGAGCUGGACAGCGACAUAGGUUUUCUAAUUCCAAAACCUGACAUGAUUGCCCGGGUGGAAUGGGGCAAAGAACCCUGGGUGCCCGAUCUCCAAUGCUCUAAGGAAAGAGAGAUCCUGAGAAACAUCCGCACAGCAGGUGAUGGAAUGAUGAGUGGGAAUGAGGAGGAGAAUCCACAGCAGGAAGGUCCCAAGCAAGUGGAACCUCACGGGGUGGUAUCGGGAAUAUCCAAAGCGAACGUUUCCCAGAGUCCUGAUCUGGAAGAAGCCCAUGAGAGUCGGUGCAGGUCAGAAAGGCAGCAGGAAAACUACCAAGGAAAGAUACAGGGUAAAUCCACUCACCAAGGGGAAGGCUCGGAGGAUCUCAAUGAAACGGUGAUCCAGCUGAGAAUCGGCACUAAAAAGAAACAGCAUGAAUGUAUUGAGUGCGGGAAAAAGUUCAAUCACAAAUCAAAUCUUACUAGACAUCUGAAACUGCACACAGGAGAGAAACCAUUUAUGUGCAGUGACUGUGGGAAAACCUUCACUCGGAGGUCACACCUCAUUUCGCACCAGACAACGCACUCGGGUCAGAAACCUUAUCCCUGCUGUGAGUGUGGGGACAGAUUCACACGGUGCUCAAACCUUAUUUCACAUCAGAGAAUCCACAUGGGAGAGAGACCCUAUAAGUGCCCCGACUGUGGGAAAAGCUUCAGUUCAAAAUCAAACCGCACUGUUCAUCAGAGAAUCCACACCGGAGUAAAACCUUAUAAGUGUGCUGACUGUGGGGAAAGUUUCAUUCAGAGCUCACACCUGGUUGUUCAUCAAAGAACACACACGGGAGAGAGACCCUAUACAUGCCCUGACUGUGGGAAAAGCUACAAGGCGAAGGUUGCUCUAAUUUCCCAUCAAAAAGUCCACAGAAGAUGGGAGCUCUCACUGUGGGGCAAUGGGUCUGUGCCCACUUGCAAUAAACUAUAAUUUGCUUCAUUUGAGGGUGGAUCUGGGUAGGGCAGCAGGUGGCUAGAUGGUUUGGGUUCCAGUGGAUGGUGGUUUAGGCCAGAAUAGGAUGGAGCACUACUGAGGAGAUGGGUCAUAUCAGGGUCUGGGAGGAGCAGGUGAUGGAAUUAAUGGGGAGACAUUUCUGUGGGUUCCACGCACACUUUCCAAUUUAGAGAAGAGGUAAACUAAAGCUCCCUUGCAGUUUGUCUCAGAGACACGUCGGCUGCUCCUAAGACCUCUUGGGCAGGGGCAGAGGCACAUUAUUCAGGGAAGCAGUGAGGGGCCUGGUGGGUCUGUAGUUACCAGGCGGUAAGAGAUGCUGAUCAGAAGUUGCAGAAUUUUAGCAUCAUGUUCAGUGUAUUGUACAUCUCUGCAGACACAGGCAGUCGGCUGGAGAUUGGGGGGAUUUGAGGUGGAGAUUCCCCGGAGAGGUGGGGGUCUUUGUGGGGAUUGCACAGUUCCAGUGAGAGCAGUAUGGUGUAAUAGUGAGAGCAGGGGGAAUUGCGACUCAGGACUCCUGGGUUCAGAUCCCAGCUCUGAGAAGGGAGUGAAGUCUAGAUUAGAGCCGGGGGGUGGAAGUGGGAGGCUGGAAUGCUAGGUUCUAUAACCAGCUGAGUUCCUCCCCUCCUCUCUGUGUAUUUGUUCCUCCCAUUCCCACCAUGGGGAUAAUAGUAGUCUCCCACCUCCCAGGGAACCAUGCAACCUCACUAAUUACUGUGUAUUAAGAAGGAUGCAGGUACCAGAGCAGGGAAAGGUCCUUAAUUGGCUGAGGAAAGAAAGGACCGAAAGUCAAUUUGAUGGCAUUUAUCUGGAUGUAAUGCAAUAACUUUUGAACACCGCAUCCAAUUGGGUCAAACCCUUUUGAGUCUCCAAUUGUCUGUAGAUCAAAGAACUGGCUGAUAUGGAAAAUCCCAAAGGAAUGUGGCCUUCUUGGAAAUUCAGAGCCACUUGGAUUGAUCUCUGGCUAUGUGCGUAAGGUGGUCUAUUCAGUUUAUAUCCAUCGCUGGCCAUCUUAUUUGUGCCACCAAAGUUUCUGGUGCCCAUGUGAUCCUUGGCUGUUUAGUGUCAUUCUUUCGUAAACACACUUCGGAACUCAUUGGUCUUCCUUUCUAUAAUAUGUCCACACCAAGAAAGCCACUGAAACCAAAUCCAUACUGUUGGAGGUGGUUGCUGGGUUUGGCUUCAAAUAGCCUCAUUUCUGAUCUUGUCCUGCCACUGGAUCAGGAGCAGUUUAUGCAGAUGAUGAGAAUAUGAUGUUCUUCAGUCUUCCCCAGCGCCCACUUCCAUACAAUAGAAUUAAUAGAACCACGCUUCUUUAGAGCCACAUUUUCAUAGCAAGCUUGAUGUCACAACAUCCCCAAAAAGGUCGCUGAAAGGCCCGAAACACGGCAACCACUGCUACUGUAUAAGUGCCAUCUUUUGAGCAUCCUGCAGCCCUGUCCAUGACACUGGCCAAAUAUAUGACAGUUGCCACUUGCUCAGUCUCCUGUCUGGACAGGUUAAUACUGAGUUGGUUGCAAUCUGGAGCUGGAGGCCACUGGAUGGUAAUAGCUGGGGAUUAAUAACCAGAUCAAUGUGCAAUUGAGACUGAACCAGCAAGACAAUGUCAUUGAUGUAUUUGAGAUCUCAAAGCAGAGUGGUAUUCAGCUCAAUUCCACCCACUUCUGCCUCCUCAAUCUUAUUCGUCAACCGAUCAGUUGUUGACACUGAACAACGAUGGUGUCAGAACUCAGCCUUGUUGAACUUGCGUGAAUAUAGGACACCAUGCUCUGUAUCUGCUAUUGACUCCAACGCAGCUUUCCUUCCAUGAUAGAGCUUCUCUGUCAAGGAUAUCCAGGGAUGUCGUGUCACCUCAUCAGACCUACGGCCUUGUUCAGUGCACUUAAUCAAAGGGCUGGUGGAAAUCUGUACCAUGGCUGUGCAUGGCUUAUUAAGUUCAGCCGUCUUCUCACAAAGCUGUCUCGAGGUAAAGAUCCGGUCAAUCGUGGAACAAUGAGAUCUCAAGCCACACUGUGAAUAUCGUGACCUUCGCAAAAGUGCUUCAUUAAUUCAAGACAUUAACACAGAAGUGAAGAUUUUCCUCCAGACCAACAACAGCAUGAUGCGUCCGUAAUUGCUGCAUUCCCACCUCCCAGGGAACCAUGCAAGUCACUAAUUACUGUGUGUUAAGGAUGCAGGUACCUAAGCAGGGAAAGGUCCUUAUUUGGCUGAGGAAAGAGAGAAAUGACAAUCAAUUUGAUGGCAUUUCUCCGUUUAUCUGGAUGUAACGCGAUAAUUUUUGAACACCACAUCCAAUUGGGCCGAACCCUACUGAGUCUCCAAUUGUCUGUAGAUCAAAGAACAGGUUGAUCAUUGCAAAUCCCAAAGGAAUGUGGCCUUCUUGGAAACUGAGGGACACUCAGACUGAUCUCUGACUAGAUGCUUAAGGUGGUCUAGCUGUAUAUUCAGUUUAUAUCCAUUGCUGGCCUUCUUAUUUGUGCCACCAAAGUUUGAGCCAGAAUAACACCCUUCUUCCAGUCAUGGGGGAUGGUAUUCGUGCACUGGAGGGUCUGAAAGAGCUUAUGCAGCCAAAGGACAACAAUACUCUCACCUGCCUUCCGCAACUCAGGAGUGAUGUUACAAUCUCAUUGAUGGCAAAUAUUGAUACCUUCCAGCUAGCAACACCCCCCAUCUGAGCCCCGUAGUCCCAGCAGAGUUUAAAAUGUUGAGGGAAAAAUGGGAGCCUGGGAUCCCUUGGCAUGGGGGUGGGAGGAAGAGGGGAACCUGAAAUAGAGGCGAUGGGAGGGAGGCACACAGGGAACUUGCAGAGGGAAUAGAAUGAUGCAAGGAUCCCCUAGUGCAGAGGUCCCCAAACUGUGGGGUGGCCCCCCCCUUAGGGGGCCGUGGAGGAACAUUCAGGAGGGCAUGGCGGGCCAGGCCAGCUCCCAUGGGGGACGGGGAGGGAGCACCACCCAGCCACACCCCACCCCCAGCUCUGCUCUGGCCCCACCCCCAGCUGCGGCCCUGGCUCCUGGCCCUACACCUGACCUCGGCCCCAGUCUCGCUGCUGCUCCACGUCCGGCUGGGGGCCCAUCUGCGGCUCUGCUCCCAGCCACAGACCCAUCCGCAGCUGCGUCCCCAGCCUUGGCCUCCUUGUUCCUGUCCAUGUUCCCCUCUGCCCAGAGCUGCGGCCCCGCUUCUGGCCCUGGCUGUGGGGGAGAUGAGGACAGGGAGAAGAGGGGGGCGUGACCCUCAAAAGCUUGAGGACCACUGUCCUAGUGUGUGCAGUUAGCUCAGCCGACAAGCAAUGAAGUGUGCAACUCUCUGGUUACAACUGUAUUUUAUUAUCUGACACUCUCCAGUUCUUUCCCUGCUCUCUUUGUCUGGGUGAGAGGUUACGGCGUGGACAGGAAGGACUAUAGCUGGACUCCCUUGUCCCAGUUUUCAGGGAGGGUCUCCAGCUCAUGUUGUCACAUACUAGGAUGAUUCCUUAACUGCCCUGCGAGGGAUUUUUCUCCAUGUUUCUGGAUGGGGGCUGAGAGAGGUGUUGUUCUUCUGGAAGUGCAGAUUUUGUGGAGUCUAUUUCUCAUGGAAGUCUUUCCCUCUAUUGGUUUCUCUUUUUCCAAAUAAAUUCAUAAUAAAAUAUUUGUUGCACA